GGGAGGGACAGGGCAGAGUCACGCAGGGGCACUGUGAGAAGCGCCUAGGACUCUGCAAAGGGCUCAUCCCCUGAAGCGACCCACCAGCUAGGCCUGAGCUCAAAAGUUCCCAGUCCAUACUUCUGCGAGAACCCACGAGGGAGCUGCGAGGGCCUGGGGUCUGCAAGCCUCAGAAGGAUGCGGGCUCCCGGGGCAGGAACAGCCUCUGUGGCCUCGCUGGCGCUGCUUUGGUUUCUGGGACUUCCGUGGACCUGGAGCGCGGCGGCGGCGUUCGGUGUGUACGUGGGUAGCGGCGGCUGGCGCUUUCUGCGUAUCGUCUGCAAGACGGCGAGGCGAGACCUCUUUGGCCUCUCCGUUCUGAUUCGUGUGCGGCUAGAGCUGCGACAACACCGGCGAGCAGGAGACACAAUCCCGCGCAUCUUCCAGGCCGUGGCCCGGCGACAACCAGAGCGCCUGGCGCUGGUGGACGCAAGUAGUGGUAUAUGCUGGACUUUCGCACAACUGGACACCUACUCCAAUGCUGUGGCCAACCUGUUCCGCCAGCUGGGCUUUGUACCGGGCGAUGUGGUGGCUGUGUUCCUGGAGGGGCGGCCGGAGUUCGUGGGACUGUGGCUGGGCCUGGCCAAGGCCGGUGUGGUGGCCGCGCUUCUCAAUGUCAACCUGAGGCGGGAGCCCCUGGCCUUCUGCCUGGGCACAUCAGCUGCCAAGGCCCUCAUUUAUGGCGGGGAGAUGGCAGCGGCGGUGGCGGAGGUGGGUGAGCAGCUGGGGAAGAGCCUCCUCAAGUUCUGCUCUGGAGAUCUGGGGCCUGAGAGCGUCCUGCCUGACACGCAGCUCCUGGACCCCAUGCUUGCUGAAGCGCCCACCACACCCCUGGCACAAGCCCCGGGCAAGGGCAUGGAUGAUCGGCUGUUUUACAUCUAUACUUCUGGGACCACUGGGCUUCCUAAGGCGGCCAUUGUGGUACACAGCAGGUACUACCGCAUUGCAGCGUUCGGCCACCAUUCCUACAGCAUGCGGGCCGCCGAUGUGCUCUACGACUGCCUGCCACUCUACCACUCUGCAGGGAACAUCAUGGGCGUGGGACAGUGUGUCAUCUACGGGUUGACGGUGGUACUGCGCAAGAAGUUCUCUGCCAGCCGCUUCUGGGAUGACUGUGUCAAGUACAAUUGCACGGUAGUGCAGUACAUCGGUGAAAUCUGCCGCUACCUUCUGAGGCAGCCGGUUCGGGAUGUGGAGCGGCGGCACCGCGUUCGCCUAGCCGUGGGUAACGGCCUGCGGCCAGCCAUCUGGGAGGAGUUCACGCAGCGCUUCGGUGUGCGGCAGAUCGGCGAGUUCUAUGGCGCCACCGAGUGCAACUGCAGCAUUGCCAACAUGGACGGCAAGGUCGGCUCCUGCGGCUUCAACAGCCGUAUCCUCACGCAUGUGUACCCCAUCCGACUGGUCAAGGUCAACGAGGACACGAUGGAGCCACUGCGGGACUCCCAGGGCCUCUGCAUCCCGUGUCAGCCCGGGGAACCCGGUCUUCUUGUGGGCCAGAUCAAUCAGCAGGACCCUCUGCGUCGCUUCGAUGGCUAUGUUAGUGACAGUGCCACCAACAAGAAGAUUGCCCACAGCGUGUUCCGAAAGGGCGACAGCGCCUACCUCUCAGGUGACGUGCUAGUGAUGGAUGAGCUGGGCUACAUGUAUUUCCGUGACCGCAGCGGGGACACCUUCCGCUGGCGUGGGGAGAACGUGUCCACCACGGAGGUGGAAGCCGUGCUGAGUCGCCUACUGGGCCAGACGGAUGUAGCUGUGUAUGGGGUGGCUGUGCCAGGAGUGGAGGGGAAAGCUGGCAUGGCGGCCAUUGCAGAUCCCCACAGCCAGCUGGACCCUAACUCAAUGUACCAGGAGUUACAGAAGGUUCUCGCAUCCUAUGCCCGGCCCAUGUUCCUUCGUCUUCUGCCCCAGGUGGAUACCACAGGUACCUUCAAGAUCCAGAAGACCCGGCUGCAGCGUGAAGGCUUUGACCCCCGCCAGACCUCAGACCGGCUCUUCUUUCUAGACCUGAAGCAGGGACGCUACCUACCCUUGGAUGAGAGAGUCCAUGCCCGCAUCUGCGCAGGCGACUUCUCCCUCUGAGCCUGGCGAGUGGGAUGGGCCUGGACUCCUGAGACCUGGGACCUGACACCCUUCUUCAGGUGCUUCUCCUGCCUGGCCACAUGGACAGCAGCACUUGUGGGAGUAGGAAACAGGAACCUGAGCAGCCGGGGCCCCUCUCCUACUUCCCACUAUGCAUCCAUCUGGCCUCCGCCUUGAUCUUUUUCUCCAUCUCUUUUCUCCCUACCCAGCAAGAGCCCCACAAACACAUGUUGGCUGCUGUGUCCUGCAGUGGGACCAGUGUCCAGGCUGUAGGUUGCGACCCACACUGGCGCCCACCUCCCUUUCCCUUUGUGCCUUAGGUUACCCUGUGGAACAGGUGGGGCCCACAUAGCUAGCUGCUGUCCCUGCUGAGGAUUGGUAGCAAGCACACUGUCAUGUCAGCUGGGAGACAUGCGCAGUCUCCCACUGACCCCCAGUCAACUGAAAAUAUUACUGUUUUGUAUUAUUGUUUUGUUUUGAGAUAGGGUCUCACUGUGGAGGCUAAGCUGGCCUCAGACUCACGACUCUUCUGCCUCUGGGCACUACUCUGCAGACUCAGACUGAUGACACUUAUGCAUUAUUGCCCCUAAGGGUCUUCAGAGUCCUCAUUUUCCCCUCACUUCCAGAACUGACUCUGGUCACUUGGAUGUGGCUAGCGUUGGCUCUGCCCACACGUGUCAAUUCAGGGGUACCCAGGCAUAAUCCCUGGAAGCCCUCAUCCUGGCAAAGCUUGGAUGUUCUCACGUCACAGCAGGAGAGAGCCAGGAAGGUUGCUGUGGUGUUCUCUUGGGCACCCCCUAGUGGCAGCCCUGGACAUGCUGUAUUGUGCACUAGUGCAGAUAGCCCAGACCCUGUUGUCUAUGACAUUUGAGGUCUACCUUUCUGGCUCCCGUGGACCCCACUGAGAUCCUUGGUGACUCACUUCAGUUAUUAAGCAGGGCCUCUGCCUGCCUUCGUCUCCAAGGGCAUGAUGGGUAUGGACAGGGCAGCCACCAGCUGCCUGCAGUCAACCACACUUGAGUGUUAUUUCCUUGUUGGUUUUAAAAAAUAAACAUGCUGAGGCUUGACACCCGCCA